CAGUGGCGGAGCAGAGCGAGCGCUCGCCUCAGGAGGUCUCGGGCUCCUCCGAAUCGAAGGACCAGGACCAGGGCCAUCCCCAGGACCAUCCCCAGCAGGAAUCGAGUGAGCCGGUCCAGCAUCAGCAGGAACUGAGUGACCACGAGCAGCGCCAGCAGAAGAUGGCGCCCUGGACGCUGUGGCGCGGCUGCCAGCGUGUGGUAGGCUGGGUGCCGGUGCUCUUCAUCUUCUUCGUGGUGGUCUGGUCGUACUACGCGUACGUGGUGAAGCUGUGCGUGUUUACCAUUUCUAGAAAGACCGUUGUUUACCUUGUGGCUUUCCAUCUGUUCUUUGUUAUGUUUGUAUGGUCCUAUGGGAUGACAAUAUUCACAACUCCCGCUACCCCCUCCAAAGAGUUGUUUAUUUUAAAAAUUAAGCCUUACCAUCAAAAUACUUCAAUUUGUACAUCCUUCAGCAUCUUCUUUUACCUCUUUCAUGUAGCUAUCAGAUACUGUGAAAAAUGUCAAUUGAUUAAACCUGAUCGGGCGCAUCACUGCUCUGCAUGUGACACAUGUAUUCUUAAAAUGGAUCAUCACUGCCCGUGGGUGAAUAACUGUGUGGGAUUUUCUAAUUACAAAUUUUUCCUGCUGUUUUUGUUGUAUUCCCUAUUAUAUUGCCUUUUCGUGGCAACAACAGUUUUAGAAUACUUUAUAAAAUUUUGGACGAAUGAGCUGGCAGAUCCACAUGUGAAAUUCCAUGUACUUUUCCUGUUCUUUGUGUCUGCAAUGUUCUUCAUCAGCAUCCUCUCACUCUUCAGCUACCACUGCUGGCUAGUUGGAAAAAAUAGGACAACAAUAGAAUCAUUCCGUUCACCUACAUUUUCAUAUGGAACUGAUGGAAAUGGUUUCUCUCUUGGAUAUGGUAAAAAUUGGAGACAAGUAUUUGGUGAUGAAAAGAAAUAUUGGCUACUUCCAGUAUUUUCAAGUUUGGGUGAUGGUUGCAGUUUUCCAACUCGCCUUGUAGGGAUGGAUCCAGAACAAGCUUCUGUUCCAAACCAAAGUAUUGGCUCAAAUCAACCUUUUCCUACCAAACCACUCAGUGAGUCAAAGAACCGUUUGUUGGACAGUGAAUCUCAGUGGCCAGAAAAUGGAGCUGAAGAAAGUGUCGCCAGAGCAGGGACAAAUAACCAUGUUACAGUGGCAAUAGAAAAUUGAGUACCACUUGUUCAUAACUAACCAUUUGAUAAUUUCAAGGUAUAUAAAAACAUUGUGGACUAAUACUUUCUAUUUUAUUUGCAAGAAAGUGACCAACAGAACGGAAUAAUUCAAGUAUAACAGAAGAUAUAUAUUUUUUAAUAAAAGGAAGCCUUUAUGCAGUUUGAUGGAUUCACAGAAGCACUACGGAGCAGAAAGAUGCCUUAAUUCAAGAGUUCACUUGUGCAACAUUGACUCGCAGCUCAAAAGUGACUUACUUUUACUUUGGAAAUAACAUGUACCUGUCAUGAGAUGCUAUGAUAUGAGCUAUUGUCACAUAUCAACAUGGCAUAUGUAUUUUCUUGAUACCUGACUUAGAAUACUAGAGUUCUUAGUAGCCAUAUAAAUUGUCCUUCAAAAAACACAAGCUAAAAACUUAAGUACAUCUAGGCCAGUUGGCAGCUGAAAGCAAAUAAUAUCCUAAUUACUCUUGCUUGUACUGUGUAAGGGAAAAGAAAAUAACUGCUUUUUUAAAUUGGGUGUUUGCUAAUUUAUAAUUACUGUUUUAUACUUUUCAACAUUUUUAAUACAGAUUUUUAUUGUUGGCUAUAAAAAUAACACUCAGAAGGAUUCAGAUGUCUAAAUGUGUUAUCAUUUAGAAUAUAGAACACACUGGUAUAACUCAUUGACCGCUUAGUGAGAAGCAUUAAUACAACUGUGUACUAUAGUAUAGUGCUUGCCCAAGAAAAAUACUUGGCAGUACAUGAAAUAUUUUAGGUCCUUACAGCUGCUUGAUAACUGUUUAUUGACUUUUCAGGGGUAUUUAUAUGGGCAGGGAAACAGGUAUCUAUACUAUAGAAAGAUUAGAAGUAACUAGAAGAGAAACAGAAAGAUAGGCAGGAUGCUAUAAAGUGCUUAAAAAUAUUUUAAAUCUUAAAAGUAUUUAGAAUGAAACAUGUUAUUGAGUUAACUUCAGAUUUCUUUUUUGAUGAUAACAAAGUUACUGUGAUACUUUUUACAGUAUUCUUGUAACAGGUUAAAUAUUGAUCAUUGAAACUAGGGGGGCUAAUCAACUUGUGAAUAAUAGAAUCCUCAGGAAGAAAUUUAAAACCCUGAGUAGUCACUUAAAAUUCCCAGUCUCAAUCCAAAAUUCCUAAGAGCAAGCCCUGUCCCUUAAGUAGUACUUCAUUUAAAAUCUAGGCUCAGUAGCACCAGUGGGGGUAUAUUCUAGAGCAUAGUACAGUGUGCUGUAAAGUAUAAUGUAAAAAUAUUACUCGUUUAUACUGCUUAAUCAAACACCGAAGCCCAAAAUAAUUGCUUUCCAUAGGCUGGCAGAGAUCUUACCAGCACCUAUAGAUAGGACAGGUUGGUCUGAAAAGGAUCACAGGGGAAAGAAGGUGCCUUCGAGGUGCUGGACCACAUGGCUUCUAAUAUGCUGCAGUGCCCAAUUUUGUAUUUAGGGAAUACCUUCUACCCAUUGAUUGGGAUGCUAAGGUUUCCUAAUCCUCCAUAAACUAGAUAGUGACUGCUCCAGUUUGCUUUGUUUUGGUUUGUUUUUUUUUUAUGAUUGUUUGCAUUCUGCCUCUGGACUCUUGGCCUGCAGCAGUGAAGAGAGUUGUUUGGUCAGCUGUGCCCUUGUUGCUAAGUGCAUCUGUUUUCUCUUGUAACACUACAGCAAAGUCCUUCAUCUUCUGUACUCAUGAGUGCCUGUUUAAGGGUGGCUUUGAGAUAGCAUUAUCUCUUUAGUGAUCUGCUGAGAUAGAGCAUCUUUUGAUGACUGAUAAUCCUUGUGAGUUGUUCAUCUUUCUCUUCAGAGCACUAGCAACUUUACACAUUUGAGAGUUUUGCCUGAGUGAGGUAUUCCUUACCUUUAAGCUGAAAUACUUGGAGAAAGAGGAGAUUUCAUCCUGUAGGAGACAGUUUUCAAUAGUUUAGUUGUGUGAUUUCUCAGCCUUCUUCUGGAAGCAUGGCUGCAUGAUUAAACCCUUCUAUAAAGCUUUUCAUGGUGCUGUAUGGAGUUAUUUCAGAGAAGGUAGCAGUCUGUUUUAACUGGUUUAUAAAAGCUCAUCCAGUGGGCAAAUGAAUCCAUUGCCCUCCAAAUCAAACAGUGCAUGGGAAAUUUAUGUUGAGUUCUUCCAUUGCAAGCCAUGUUGCUUCUUUGAAAUCCAGAGUUAGAUUCAGAUCAUUAGUGGGUGCAGGGACCUCCUGGCCUUGCCCAUUGCAAACAGAGCAUUGAACUUGUUGGUUCUCUGUUACAUUGGGUUGUAGCUAGGCAGCCUUUACAAUUGGCACUUAAGGCCCCUUCUCCAUUGUGAAGUAACCUGUCCUCUUUGAUUUAGCCUUUCAGUUCUAUUAUAACCUCAUAUUUUUGAGGGUCACAGUAAGCAUGCUCACAAUGACUUGAGACUGCUCCUCCAGCAGCUGUAGACUUUGCUUUAGUGGUCCAGGCUAUUGCCAUACAGGAAGCAAAAUGCUUUGGGAAGAAAGCAAGGUCUGCCUCACUGAUGGCACUUGUCCUGGUGACAUUGUGUUGGUGUCCCCUCAGUUUACAACUGAAAGGAUUUGUUGGAUUUCCACAAUGCUAAUAUUCAAUCUUACUGGGUGGAACUGGGAAUGUGGCUUAGUGGUAGAGAGCUUGCCUAGCAUGCACGAAGCCCGUGUUUGGAUUUCUCAGUAGCACA